GGAGAUCUCGCGAGAGGACGUUAAAGGACUUCCUUAUCCUAUCCAGGAGGGGCGGGAAGACGAAAAGGUGGUGGUGAGGCUGGGUCUUUCUGGGGGCGAUGCCAUCCGCAUUCUCAGUCAGCAGGUUUCCCGUCAGCAUCCCCGCCGUGAUCACGCAGACGGACUGGACGGAGCCCUGGCUCAUGGGGCUGGCUGUCUUCCACGUGCUCUGCCUGCUGUUCACCUGCUUCUCAUCCCAGAGGUACAGGCUGCAGGUGGGGCACUUCCUGUGCCUGGUCACCUUGGUCUACUGUGCCGAGUACAUCAAUGAAGUGGCGGCGAUGAACUGGAGAUUGUUCUCCAAACACCAGUAUUUCGACUCGAGGGGCAUGUUCAUCUCCCUCGUGUUCUCCGCGCCGCUGCUGCUCAACGCCCUGGUCAUCGUGGUCCUGUGGGUGCGCAAGACCCUGGCGGUGAUGACCGACCUGCGGAGCUUACGGGAGCAGAGGAGGGCUCGGGCGCGGGGGCGGGUGAGGCCCAAGGAGGAGUGAUCACUCCGCUCCGGCUCCGAGCAGCCUGCUGUCUGCACAGGCGUCUUCUCAGCCCCUGGAACACACACACACUGUUGGGACGGAUGCAGCCUCCUGCUCCCUGGGCGCACGCCGGGCCCGAGGGGGCCCCCAUCUCUCCAGUUAAACUGGGCAGACAGCAGCGCAGGGCUUUCCCGAGGCCGCGUGUCCACAGCCCCACCCUGCUCCGUGCCUGGUGUGAGCUAUCAGAUGCCCCGUCCGCCUGGAGACAGCGCCUGAGCGAGGGGCAGUGCCGCCCACGCCUGGGCAGACCCACCACCCCAGCCACCCUGGUCUGUCUGCUCCGUGGCGGCCUCUCCGGGUGGUGUGGCCACUGGACAGAACACGAGGGGCCACCUUCUUUCUGUCCAGUUAGAGACGUCAGGGUCCAUGGAGGCGGCGGUUGGAUGAGCCCCUGGCGUUGUUUUCAGGAAGGAAAGUCACAAGUAAACAGUUCCUAUGGCAAAUACAAAAACUGACUGUAUUUCUGUGUUUCACCUUCUUUGUCCCCUUGGUGCCCUGGGACGGGCGCUCUCAGGGUCCCUGGAGCAGGCGCCCUGUCUCCGAACAGACUUCUGUACGGGAGGCUCGUGGGUCCCGUCCCCUCUGAAGCUGCAGCUGGGGGCUGACAGGUGAGCAGAGGGCCGCCUGCCCGAGCACAGCCCUCAACAGGCACGAUGCUGUUGGCUCCUGGUUUGGGUCUGAGAAGGUAGUUUGUGCAUGGUUAUCAUAAUUUUAACAAGUUAACUGAAAUAUGGUUGGAUGGCAUCAUGGACUAGAUGGACAUGAGUUUGAGCAAGCUCUGGGAGUUGGUGAAGGACAGGGAAGCCUGGCAUGCUGCAGUCCAUGGGGUCAUAAAGAGUCAGACAUGACUGAGCAACUGAAAUGAAACAUACUUUUCAAAUUUCAAAAAAUAGUAUUUGUUCAUAUGAAAGUGUUUAUAUUUAGAAGUUCAAAAGGUGACACUUUGACAGAUUAUGAAAUUACAUUUUGAAUCCAGAUAAAUAAAUUUUUUAUAGAUGGUUACAAACUCUUAGUAGAGAAACUAUUUCCUGAAUUUUGACAUUAGUUUUAGAAGUAAGUUGAACUUCCUGGAGUAGAAAACAGCAACCCACCCCAGUAUUCUUGCUUGGAAAAUUCCACAGACAGAGAAGUCUGCUGGGCUGCAGUCCUUGGGGUCACAGAGAGUCGGCCACGACUGAGUGGCUGGUCUGUGUGCACAGAACCUCCUCAGUACAUCUUGGGUUUUUAACCUGACAUUGUUUCCAGUCCGUCCUUGAUCUCUUCAUCUUCUGUAUUGAACAUUUUAAAAAUUGACUUAAAAAACAGCACGUCAUGUGAAGUCAGAUUUUAAAUUCAUCACACCUGAUGGCAUGCCUCUUUGUGCGUUUCUGAGAAUUACCAGUUCAGGGUGUUAUAGUGGUAUCCUGGCUUCAGAGGAGUCUACUGCGUCCUGAGUAAUCCUCUGAGCGCAGGACUGAGCCGGCGGUUCCCUGUGAGCCCAGACGGUGGCUGGUCCCCUGCAGACCUGCAGUCAGGCCGGGCCCCGGGGACAGGACGCACAGGUGGAGCAUCCUGGCCUCAGCCCCGCGGAAGCCAGGGAGGUUGUGGGGGUAUUUGCAGUGUCUGAUUAUUCAGUUUGUCUUCAUGUGGGACUGACUGAAUCGCAGUUUCCCUGUGAUAAUAGUGUAAUAAUAUGGUUAACUUUGGUGUUAAUGACUCAUCAACCUAAUGACGUGGCAUGGGCCUUUUCAUUCACUGGUGUGUGCAGUCUGUUUUGGAAUAGUUAACGUUUUGUUUUCGCAAACACAAACUUCUACUUUUUAACUGUUUCUAGUAAGUUCAUAUUCAGAGGCUUAAAUUGCAGUAUUAAUGAAUAUUUCUCUGUCCUCCUGCUUGGGGACGUCCUACAAGCCAGAAUUGUGCCAGACCCUUGAGCACUUUAUCUGAAGUGUGCAGUGUGUGGCCCCCUUUAGAGGGUUUUGGGUGCAUGAGCUCGCUAUGUUGGGGGAUCUCUUGGUCGGUGAAGGAAGGCACAUCCCCAGUCAUGGCCCUCUGUGGUCCCGUGUCACCCCAAAGCUUGAGCAAAAGGGUGUGGAUUUGGAGCCAGAGAAGGGUUCCUGGUUCUGUUUGCAUCUGAUGUACGUUUGUGUGAGUGAAACCAUAAAAUAUUUAAACAGCCAACAUCUACAUGAAAUAAAGAAGCAAAACUGUAAAGAUGA